AUGAUCAGUAUUCAAACACGUUUGAAAAUUGCAGAAACAAAAAAGAUUGCAAAAAUUCUAGUCAUCACCGAAGGCGAAGAAAAACGAGCCUGUGAAGCUGAAUGUAGUGAUAGAAGUUUCAAUUCAGAGCCAUGUCAUUGUAGAAAUGAGAAGCCAAUUGAUUUUGAGAACCAAUUAAAGAUUUUGAAUAAAGGUGGCGAGGAAGUGGAAACUAACAAGGAAAAAUCAGGAAUUUUAAAUGGAAUUCAAAAUCUUCUAAAAUCAGAUGUCACAACUUUAAAUCCUUAUCAGUGUUCAGAUCCGAUAAAUAAAAAUUCUUUGAGUAAUAAUAAUAUCAACAAUGGAAUCACUAGUGAAAAUAAUUUUGAAACUACUACGAAAGUUCAAAUUUUUCCCGAAACUAUUACUGAAUCCUUUCCUGAAACUACUCGAAAGAAAAAUAUUAUCAAAUUUACUGGUGAAAUGGAGACUUUACAAAAAAUUGAUGUUAAAGUGACUACUCAAUGUAUUAUUCAAACUACUAAUAAUUUUGAAGCCACAACUGAAUCUACAAUUAAAGCUACCAAUGAAGUUGAUACACAAAUCAAUUGUAAAUUAUUGCCUGAAGAAAUUUUCCCCCAAACAGAUGAAAUCCUUUCUAAAACUACCAAUGAUCCAAUUGUAGUAACGAGUAAUUUACCAUCUGCAAAGGGAAAAAGAUAUAAAAGAAAAGAUACUUCAACUGAAGAGUACGAUUACGAAAAAUAUAUUGACGAGAGUUUGUUGACAACUGAAAUGUAUCCAGACGAUGAUUAUGAUGAAGAAGAAAAUGCUUCCGGAAGCGGAGACAGUGUUUGGCGCGAUUAUUCUGAAGAUGAAGAAGAGAAAGAUACAUCUUCAAUGACGGAGAAUGCAACAUUGACUAGUGAAAAAACUUCUGAGAGUAUAACUUUUGGAAGUACACCUGAGCCUAAAUCGACAACCGAAGGUAAGACUCCAUCAAAAGCAGACAUUACAACUAAAACAAUAACAUCAACUCAAACUAAUAAUACAACUGAAUCAAUUAAAAAUAAAUCUACAACUGGUGCUGAGGCAUCAACUACAUUUAAAACUACCACUCAAAUUCAAACUUCGACAACAGUUAAAGCUACAAGUGAGCUUAAGUCUUCUACAAAAACUAAAGGUACAACUGAAGCAAAAGACUUUGAGAAAAUUAAAACAACAAUUGAACCCAAAAAUUUUAAUGCAACAAAAACUACAACUGAGGAGAUAAUCAUGACUGAAAUUUCAACCACAAUUAAACCCAAGUCUUCUACAGAAGUAGAAACAACCACAGAAGCACAAAAAUCUGAUAAAACAACGAAAAUUCAGACAUCGGUUCCUACAACUAUUCUUUCUUCUCUAAUGACAGAAAAUAAAAUGUCUUCCUCCAGUGUUUUGCAAAUUGCAACCGUGGCAGUUGAAAAACCAACUAUUCAAACUACAGCCUCUGAAGUAGGUACUCAAGAAACAAGUGAGAUUGGAUCUACUGAACUAACUACUGGAGCAAAGUUUUCUGAAGUAGCAACUUCAACAACUUCUGCAACAACUGAAACUAUUUAUGAAGAUUUAUUAAAAACCGAAUCUAUUUCGGAAACUACGUUUGAAGGGAAAGAAAAUACUGUAACAAUGAUCGUCAGUGCCGUGCCUACUGAAUUUACUAUUCCCCUUAGUGAUAAAACUACUGAAGAAAUAAAAGUAACUACAACUGGAAUGGCAUCUGAUAUUACACCACUAUUUAUAACUAAUUCUCCAAGUGAACAAUAUUCGAAAGAAACAACAAUUACUGAAUCGCAAGCACUGACAACUCAAGGAACAACAUCAAGCAGCGAACAAAAAUCAUCAACCUCCACUGAAGGAACUUUAACAAAUUCAUCUCCAUCAACUAAUGCAUUAUUUAGUACUCAAGAAAUUUUAAACACCGAAGGAAUAUCCACCACUUCAAAAAUAUUAAGUACUUUAGCUACUGACAAAAUUCCAACUACUACAAAGAUAUCAAAUAAAGAAACUUUAAGCACUGUACAAGUUUCGAGUACUGCGAUAACAAACAAUAAGGAAACUUUAAGAACAUCAACUAUUAAACUUAAUUUAAGCACUGAUGAAGAUUCAAAUACCAAAGCAACUACAAACAUUGAAAAAUUAUCUACGACUAAUGAAACUCCAGUAACAAAUAAUAAAGAAUCGCAAAGCACUCUAAAAAUAAAUACUGCUCAACUUAGUUCCACAACUAACGAAAAUUACAAUUCCGAAGAAAUCGUGGGUUUCAAGAAAAUUUCUUCUACAAGUCCAAUUACUGAAAAAAUAUCAAAUUCUCAAGAAAUGGUAAAUACUAAAGAGACAUUGACGACUAAUUCAAUUUCAAGUGCUGAAGAAAUAGCCAGUACUAUAAAACUAUCAAGUACUCAAACUCCCUCAAAUACUGAAGAAACUUCUGAUAAGAAAGAUAUUUCAAGUACUCCAGAAACUAUAUAUAUUAAUGAAACUUCUAGCACUGUAGAAAUUUCAAGCACUGAAGAAACUUCGAGUAUAAAGGAAAUAUUCAGUAGUCCAAAACUCUCAAGUAUUCAAGAUACUUUAAAUACUGAAGAAAUUUUAAGUUCUCAAAAAUUCUCAAGUACUGAAGAAAAUUCUAGUAGAGAAGAAAUUUCAAGCACUGAAAAAACUUCUAGUAUUAAGGAAAUAUUAAGUAGUCCAAAACUCUCGAGUAUUCAAGAUACUUUGAAUACUGGAAAAAUUUCAAGUUCUCAAAGUUUCUCAAGUACUGAAGAAACUUCUAGCGUUGAGGAAAUAUUAAGUACUCAAAAAUUUCCAAGUAUUCAAGACACUUUUAAUACUGAAGAAAUUUUAAGUUCUCCAAAAUCCUCAAGUACUGAAAAAAUUUCUAGUACUGAAGAAAUAUUAAGUACUCAAACCCACUCAAGUAUUGAAGACAAUUUCAAUACUGUAGAAAUUUUAAGUUCUUCAAAAUCCUCAAGUACUGAAAAAACUUCUAGUGUUGAGGAAAUAUUAAGUACUCAAAAACUCUCAAGUACUCAAGAUACUUUGAGUACUGAAGAUAUUUUAAGUUCUCAAAAUCCCUCAAAUACUGAAGAAACUUCUGGUACUGAAGAAUUCUCAAGCACUAAAGAAACAUUCAGCGUGAAAGAAAUUUCAAGCACUGAAUUAAUUCCAAAUACUAAAAAAACGUCAAGCACUCGAAUAACUUCAAAUACUAAAGAAAUUUUAAGUACGCCAAAAUUUUUAAGUACUGAAGAAACUUGGAGUAUUCAAGAUACUUUAAAUACUGAAGAAAUUUUUAGUUUUCAAAAUCCCUCAAGUACUGAAGAUACUUCUAGCGUUGAGGAAAUAUUAAGUAGUCAAAAAGUCUCAAGUAUUCAAGACACUUUCAAUACAGAAGAAAUUUUUAGUUCUCAAAAAUCCUCAAGUACUGAAGAAACUUCUGGUACUGAAGAAAUAUCAAGUACUCAGGAAUUCUCAAGCACUAAAGAAACAUUCAAUAUCGAAGAAAUUUCAAGCACUCAAAUAUCUUCAAAUACUAAAGAAAUUUUAAGUACGCCAAAAUCCUCAAGUACUGCAGAAACUUCUAGUGUUGAGGAAAUAUUAAGUACUCAAACCCACUCAAGUAUUGAAGACAAUUUCAAUAGUGUAGAAAUUUUAAGUUCUUCAAAAUCCUCAAGUACUGAAAAAACUACUAGUACUGAGGAAAUAUUAAGUACUCAAAAACUGUCAAGUAUUCAAGAUACUUUCAAUUCAGAAGAAAUUUUAAGUUCUCCAAAAUCCUCAAAUACUGAAAAAAUUUCUAGUACUGAAGAAAUAUUAAGUACUAAAGACUUCUCUAGCACUCAAAUACUUUCAAGUACCACAGAAAUUUCUGUAACUGAAGGAAUUUUAAGUACUCAAGUAACUUUAAGUACUGAAGAAACUACUAAUAGUAAAUUAAUUUCAAACACCGAAGCGAUGUCAAGUACAGAAGAAACAGUAAAUACUAAAGAAAAUUCUAAUACUGUUGAAGUUCAAAGUACUGAAAUUAAUACCAAUACUGAAGAAUCAUCAGUUACUGUAGAAAGAUUAACUAGUUUUACAGAAGAAACUAUAGCACCUCUGGAAAACAUUAAAUUCACAAAACCCCAAGAAUCCUCAAUUUCCGAAUUUGAAGAGUUACUAAAAUCUAGUACUUUUUCAGGAAGUGAAUUCAGCAAAACAAGCUCGUUUAAAACACCCGUGAGCCCCGAAAUAUCGACAACUAUAUCAACUUCUGAACCGGGAGGUAAUAGCCAAUUGAAAAUUUCUUCAUCACUAGAGGAGUCAUCAUCUACAAGUCAAACAACUGAAUUAAGUUCAAAUGAAAAUCUAUCGAAAUCUUCUGAACAUGAAGAAACCAAUCAGUCUUCUUCAAUGGAAACUACAGUUUCUGGAGUGUCUUCAUUAUCUUCAGUUAGUUCCAAUUUGAUAGAGAGUACAUCCUCAAAAGAAACUUCCGAGCCUUCAACAAGAUUAGAGUCCACAUUUGAAAGUUCUUUCCAAGAUAUCAGUUCAACUGUUAGAGAUACUAAAGCAACAACUCAGGGAUUAGUAGUCGAAGAAAUAACUCAAGGAACGUCUGAAAAUGUACAAGAGAAAUCAACUGUAUCAAAGGGACCAGAAGAAGACGAAGAGGUUUAUGAUGAAACUACGAAGAACCAGGAAGAAGAGCCUGAUGAUGAUGCUGAAGAACAAGAUUCUGGUUCAGCUGAUGAUAUGAAUGAUUAUGAAGAAACAUCUUCAACAUCAACAACCCAAGAAGAAGAAGAAGAAGCAACUGAAAAAAAAGUAACAGAAGAAACAACAACAGCAAAUAUAGACAAAGAAGAAAAGACAACAGUAGAGGAAAACUCUGAAGAAGAACAAACGAAGACAACUAUAAAAAGCACCACAAAUAAAUAUGAGCCAACAGAGAAAGCAACAAGUGAAGGAGAUAAUGAAAAUGAAGCAAAUGAUGAAGAAUCGAUUGAAAAUGAUAAUGAAAAUACAGAAGAAAAUACUGAAGAAGAACCAACAAAGGAAACGGAGGAUAAUACCACAAGUGAAGAAACUACUGAAGAAGAAAAUGUUAAUGAAGAAGUAACUAAAAGUGACACUGAAGAGGAAAUACCAGAUGACGAAGACACAUUAGAGAAACAGCCAGAAGUUACAACCGAGGAAGACGUGGAACGAAAAACAACUGAAUAUAAAAGCACUGAGGAGGAGUCAUCAAAUAUUAAAACUACUGAAGAGGGCAUUAAAAAAGAAACAACAGAAGGUACAAUUGAAGAGGAUACAAGAAAAGAAGAAACUUCCAAAGAUAGUUGUGAUGGAACAACAGAAGAAGAUAUAACUGUAUCUUCUCGAAAAUGUUUUCCAAAAUCAGAGAGAAAAAAAGUUUCCACCGUGAAAACUACAACGAUAGAAGAGAAAUUAACUUCUAUUGAAUCUGCAUGUUUUCCAGAAUCAAUUUUUUCUUUAGAUAUUACUACUUCAAAAUCUCCAGUCGAAAAAUUAACUAUUAAGACAAGUUCUUCUAAACCUGUUAAAGAAGUGACAAGUCUUCCAUCAAAAUCUACUUCCAUUCCACAAGUAGAGUUACCAUCUAUUACCAAAACACCUGAGAUUAUAGUUAUCAUUGAGGAAUCUUCAGACCAAAAAUCGCAAACUUCAACAAUGGACCAGGAAACUUCAAUUUUGACCGAAUUCACACCCGAAUUUAGAAUGUCGACGUUUGAAGAAAACCCUGCAGAAUUCACUGACGUUCCUCAAAUUGAGCAGACUCGUGACGAAAACUUUGAAACUCAAUUAAAGAAAAGUGAAGUGGAAUUAGAUGAUAAAAAUAGAGAAUUAAAGAAUAUGGAAAAUAAGAUAAGAGUUAAUAAAAAGAAACUGCAAGUUGAGGGAAAAAGAAGAUUAGAAGAGAUUAGAAGAAAGCAAAAAGAAUUAGAGGAGAAACAAACUGAAUUACACAAAAGAAUACAAGAAGUAGAGAAUGAAGUGAAAAAGAAAACAGAAAAAGAAGAAAUAGAUCAGAAGGCUAUAAGCGAGACAAAUUUCUCCUCCGAUUCAGUAGAAAAUGAAAAAGAUAAUGAUGUUGAUGAAAUAACUACUAAUAAAAGUAGUAAAUGUUCUAAAAAUAGUUCACCUUCAACUCUAAAAGUCUGCUUGAAUUUUUCCAAUAAUUCAAGAACAGAAGAAAUUAAUCCUGAUCAAGAAAUAAUUUUUUUUCCGAUUGUUCAAAAGAAUCAUUCAUCUAAGCGAAGUGCAAAAAGAUUGGCAAGAAAAUUAAUGACUUUAAAUGACAAUUCAUCAGUGAAGGUCAAUUUCAAUUUAUUGAAUCCUGAACAAAAACUGGGAAUGCAAAGAACAAUUUUAAAAAAGAAAAAUAAUAACCUUGUAGAUUCGAGUUUUAACAGAGAAAAAAAUGAUGAUGUAUCAGAAAGAGUAAAGAGGGGAUUUUCAUUUAAGAAAUUUUGGAGUUGUUUGAAGCAAGCAGAUACCACAACAACAACAAAUGCCAAUGAAUUAGUAAAUUUUGAUGAAAAAUUUGGUGGUGAGAUUACUUGGAAGAAGGAGACUACCGUCACCGAUAAUCUUCCUUUUCCAGAAUAUUCUCCUAGAAGAAAUAAUUCUAACAUGAAAUUCGUUAUUGAUUCUACAAGGAAGAGUGAAAUUGACCCUCAUAAAAAUAAUCAUAUUCCUGACGAAUUUACUUUGAGAAGUAACUUAAGUGUUAAUGAAGAUGAAGAAGAAAAUUGUAGUGAAUCUUUUGAAAAUUGUGAAGAAUCUGUAGAGGAAUGCGCAAACGGGAAUAAUAAUGAUUAUAUUGAUGGAAAUAGAAGAGAAGAAAAUACAAAGACAAACAAAAAAGAAGAAAAUUCAGAAAGUACAAAACGAACUAUGAAACAAGAACCUAAAGAAGGUAUAGAGGAUCGAACAAAAAAACCAAAUAUAGAGCAGAAUGUGGAAAUAAAUGAAGAUAAAGGAAAUAAAGAAAACAAUCAAUGGAAACAAAAAAAUUAUAAGAAUGGUGAUGAUAAUUGUGACGAAGAUAUAAUAUCUAACAUAAAAGAAAAUGAUUUAACAACUUUGAGUAAUGAAGACAAAUUUUCAACAACUCCAAAAACAAAAAAGAUUAAAAAGAAAACAUACAAACCGAGAAAAUCAAAAUCUUUAAAGAAAAAUCAUAGUGAAAAUAAACUUCAUAUGAAAGACACAAAGAGACAACGAGAAAAAAAAGACAAGAGUCUUCAAAAUGAAGAAGAAAAACUUAUUAAAAAAGUGAAUCAUCUUCUUCUCGAGGAAGUAAAAGAAGAGAAAAAUAUAUCUUCUUCCGAUAUAAUUGAUAAUAAAAAAAGUCAAUUAUUGGACAAAGUUUUGAGAAUGAUUAAAGAGGAGAAUGAAGAAAAGAAAAAUAUUUCGAAAACAUCAAAGAAAAACUUGAGGAAAAGUGAUUUGACGAAUAAUAAACGUUUAAGUCGAAGUAUUGUUUAUCAAGUAAAACAUACAAUCGGAAAUUUAAUUCAAAAUACAGAAAAUCGAAAGAAAAAUUAA